CUCCCUGGCGGCAGCGCUAUUGCAGAUAUGCAUGAGGAAAAUAAAGCUGCAGCAAAUGGAUGUGGCAAAAGCCGAAGUGGCACUCAGAAUGAAGCUGCUUUACUGGCCCUGAUGGAGAAGACUGGAUACAGCAUGGUUCAAGAAAACGGGCAAAGAAAAUUCGGUGGUCCUCCACCAGGUUGGGAAGGUCCUCCACCACCUCGUGGAUGUGAAGUUUUUGUGGGUAAGAUUCCUCGUGAUAUGUAUGAAGAUGAAUUAGUUCCUGUUUUUGAGAGAGCUGGGAAGAUCUAUGAGUUCAGACUGAUGAUGGAAUUCAGUGGUGAGAAUCGAGGCUAUGCUUUUGUGAUGUACACUACUAAAGAGGAAGCCCAGCUAGCCAUCAAGAUUCUGAAUAAUUACGAAAUUCGUCCAGGGAAAUUUAUUGGUGUCUGCGUAAGCUUGGACAACUGCAGACUAUUUAUUGGAGCAAUUCCAAAGGAAAAGAAGAAAGAAGAAAUACUGAAUGAAAUGAAAAAAGUUACAGAAGGAGUGGUGGAUGUCAUUGUUUAUCCAAAUGCCACUGACAAAACUAAAAAUCGUGGCUUUGCUUUUGUAGAAUAUGAAUCUCACAGAGCAGCUGCAAUGGCUAGAAGGCGGCUAAUCCCAGGAACAUUCCAGCUCUGGGGUCAUACUAUUCAAGUAGACUGGGCAGACCCUGAGAAAGAAGUUGAUGAAGAAACAAUGCAGAGAGUUAAAGUAUUGUAUGUAAGAAAUUUAAUGAUAUCUACUACAGAGGACACAAUUAAAGCUGAAUUCAACAAGUUCAAGCCAGGAGUAGUUGAACGUGUAAAGAAGCUGAGAGACUAUGCUUUUGUUCAUUUUUUCCAUCGAGAAGAUGCAGUUGCUGCUAUGUCUGUAAUGAAUGGAAAGUGCAUUGAUGGAGCUAGUAUUGAGGUAACACUGGCAAAGCCAGUUAACAAAGAAAGUAUUUGGAAGCAACAUUUUAAUGGUCAGAUAAGUCCCAGUUCUGAAAAUCUCUUAGGUUUUCCUAACAAAGAAGAUGGUCAUCAGAAAUCCUUGGGGAAACCAGCAAAUCUUUUGGUUCGUCUUAAUGGUCAGCACAGUCCAGGCCCCGCUGAAGUUGAAAGAUGUACAUACCCAUUUUUUCCAGGAAUAAAGCUUACUCCAAUUAGCAUGUAUUCUUUAAAAUCCAGUCACUUCAGUUCUGCAGCAAUGCAUCUGGAUUAUUUUUGCAAUAAAAAUAACUGGACACCGCCAGAAUACUACUUGUAUUCAACCACAAGUCAGGAUGGGAAAAUACUCUUGGUGUACAAGGUGCUUAUUCCUAGUAUUGCAGAUGGUUCCCAGAGUUAUUUCAUGCCAGACAAACUCUGUGCAACAGUAGAAGGUGCAAAGGAAUUGGCAGCACAGUUCACACUUCUACAUCUAGCCCCUGAGCAAGCAUGUAUAACUUUGCUGUCCCUGAAUGCAGCACAGUGGGAUACUAGAGCCAACUGUACACCCUAUUUGGCUUGA